UUUGGAAGGAUGGGGAGAUAUUCUUUAAGUUGUUAUGGAAAAAUACAAAAGGAACUGAAGUAGAAAACUUGAAAGGGUCAACAGAAAAUAGGGACCUUAACCUGAAUAGUUUUAGAGGACUAAGGCUGGCUCUUACUUAAGAAAGGUCAUGUGCUGAUUUUCUGAGUUUAUUGUUUAAGUGGGAUGUGUGCACUUGAAAAUCGUCUUAGAUAUAAGGCCAAUGCCCAAACUGGUUAAAAUGUGUGCUGCUUGGUAUUUCUCUUUAUCUUGCUAAUAAUAAGCUUAUUCCUUGUUCCGGGAAUUAAAAUCCUUUCCUCUUUAGCCCAAUUAAAAUUUGUUAAAAGGGAGGGCCUCUAUGAAAAGGCCCUUCUUUGAGGUCUUUAAGUGGAAAUGAUUGGUUCUGAAAAUUCUUCCCUCAGUGGUUUUUGAAAACAUUUCAUAGAUUAUGAAGGCUGUUUCAGUAUCUUCUCUCCAAAAUGCUAAUGGAUUUAGGCAACAAUUCAGACUCUAAAAAUGAAGAUGGCUCUGUCUUUUCACAGACUGAACACAGUAUUGUGGCAGCAUACUUGAUUACAGCAGGUAUGAUAAGUAUUCUCAGCAACAUAGUAGUUUUGGGCAUCUUCAUUAAGUACAAGGAACUUCGGACACCCACAAAUGCAAUUAUCAUUAAUUUGGCUGCUACUGAUAUAGGGGUCAGUAGCAUUGGCUAUCCCAUGUCUGCAGCUUCAGAUCUGCAUGGAAGUUGGAAGUUUGGAUAUGCAGGAUGUCAGAUUUAUGCCGGAUUGAAUAUCUUUUUUGGAAUGGCAAGUAUUGGGUUGCUCACUGUUGUGGCCGUGGAUCGAUAUCUGACCAUCUGCCGUCCUGAAGCAGGAAGAAGAAUGACCACCAACACUUAUAUUGGCCUGAUUCUGGGGUCAUGGAUCAAUGGCCUCUUUUGGGCUUUGAUGCCUAUCAUUGGGUGGGCUAGUUAUGCCCCAGAUCCCACUGGGGCCACAUGUACCAUAAACUGGCGGAAAAAUGACGUGUCUUUUGUUUCUUACACCAUGACAGUUGUUGCAGUAAAUUUUAUCGUGCCCUUGAUAGUGAUGUUUUACUGCUAUUACCAUGUCACUCAAUCCAUUAAAUGUCAUGCCACUAGUAACUGCACUGCUUACCUCAACAGAGAUUGGUCAGAUCAGGUAGAUGUAACGAAGAUGUCAGUGAUAAUGAUACUCAUGUUUCUGGUGGCAUGGUCCCCUUAUUCUAUCGUGUGCUUAUGGGCUUCUUUUGGUGACCCAAAGAAGAUUCCUCCUCCAAUGGCCAUCAUAGCUCCACUGUUUGCAAAAUCUUCUACGUUCUACAAUCCCUGUAUUUAUGUGAUUGCUAAUAAGAAGUUUCGGAGGGCGAUGCUUGCCAUGUUCAAAUGUCAGACUCACCAAGCCAUGACCCUGGAGAGUACUUUACCAAUGGAUGUACCUCAAAACCCACUGGCUUCUGGAAGAGUCUGAACUAAGAGGAAAGCACACAUUAUCAAAACAUUGUCUUUACUUUUAUUUUUGCAAUAGUUUUAUUUCAUUUUAAAUAUGAGCCCAUUUUGAUCAAAUCCAACAGAGUAUUGUCCUAAUAACCUGUAAAUUCCUCAAGUAUAGUUUAUAGUUCUUCUGUUUGUGCACUGGCUACUCUAGGGAAUGUUUCUUUAUUUCCUUAUAUGUGUAACCUAUUGGUCGUCUCCUUUAAUGAAUAGAGGCACAUGAGAUUAAGGCCUCUUCUCUUUCUCCCUGUCAUGGCAGGUAUCAGUCACCUCGUGUCUUGCCCGGUUCCUCCACUAGGUCAGAAGCAGUUGCUAUUUUAAUGUUAGAAUAAACUAAUAAUAAUAAUAGUUACUAGCCUUUUAAAAGUAAUCACUGAAAUGAGUUGUUGGAUUUCCCAGCUAGGAUGGAAAACAUUUUUAGCAUUUCACAACUUUAAUAUUUUAAUGCAAUUAUUAACAUACUGUUUAACAAAAAUAAUCAAAUGAAUAUUAUCACUAUUGCUUUAAAAUCA